AGAACAACACUACAAAGAUAUUUUUGGAACGACGCUUGUGAACGUUCCGGUGUAGAAAAGAAAAUAAUUUCACAUUAGAAUCAAUAGAAAAAUAUUAUUAUGGCUUCUUUAGAUCUAUUAGUGCCACAUUUAUCAAAAAUAAAAAUCCCGGGACCCCAUCAAAUGAUAUACAAAGAUGAAUGUGUGUAUUCUUUUGACAAUCCGGAGUCAGAAACUGGCCUGUACAUAUCUCUGACCUCAUUUCUCGGAUUUGGUCGCAACUAUGUUGAGCAGUAUUUUCAGAAGACCGGCAAUGCUGUGUUCUUGCAUAUAAAGAGGGAGAAGAAACCUAUACCAGAACCGGAGCAAACCGGCGAUGGUCCAGAGAAGAAGAUCACGCGGCUCGCGAUCGGCGUGGAGGGCGGGUUCAGCCCCGACUGCGGCAAGCCUAAGUUCACCUACACUGACCACUACAACGUCGUCGUGCUGCCUGGGUUCCACACUUACGCUUGGCCAAAUGCUAAUCUACCCGAAGUGGUCAACAAGUCUGUCCAAGCCGUAAUAGAUGCAGAAUCUCCAUUUAAAAUAGCAGAAUUGGCAGCUUUGCAGGGAACCUGGGAUGGAGAGAAGAGGGAGGUCUCUGUACAUGCAGUAAACCUAAAGCAGUUGGACAACGGCGUGCGCAUUCCGCCGUCGGGCUGGAAGUGCGCCAAGUGCGACCUCACCAACAACCUGUGGCUGAACCUCACGGACGGCUCGGUGCUGUGCGGCAGGCGGUUCUUCGACGGCUCCGGUGGGAACGAUCAUGCUGUGGCCCACUACCGUGAAACAGGUUAUCCUCUAGCGGUGAAGUUAGGCACCAUCACUGCAGACGGCAAAGGCGACGUAUUCUCGUAUGCCGAGGACGAUAUGGUCGAGGACCCGUUCCUCGCAGACCAUCUCAAGCACUUCGGCAUCAAUGUGCAGCAGCUGCAAAAGACAGACAAGUCGAUGGUGGAGCUGGAGUUGGAGCUGAACCAGCGGUCUGGUGAGUGGAACACGCUGCAGGAGUCGGGCAGCGAGCUGCGGCCGCUGCACGGGCCCGCGCUCACCGGCCUCAACAACCUCGGCAACUCCUGCUACAUCAAUAGUGUUGUGCAGGUGAUAUUCCGCAUGCCUGACUUUGUGCGGCGGUUCGUGGAGGGCGCUCCGGAGAUAUUCUCCACUUUCCCCGACGAUCCAGUCAACGACUUCAAUGUGCAGACUGCCAAACUCGGCGUUGGACUCCUCUCGGGCCGCUAUUCUGCCCUGGGCGAGGAUGGGUCGCAGAACGGUGUGUCCCCACACAUGUACCGACAGCUGGUCGGCCGAGACCAUCCCGAGUUCAUGACCAAGCGGCAGCAGGACGCGCACGAGUUCUACCUGCAUUUACUCACUUUACUGCAGCGCCAUAGCCGACACAAGCCGAACCCGGCGGACUGCCUCAAGUUCGCGGUAGAAGAGCGUAUCCGUUGCUCGGAGUCGUCCUGCGUGCGAUACUGCGCACGCGCCGAGCAUCACCUGCCCCUGCCUGUACCGGUUGCCGCCGCCACCAACGCGAAGGAAGUCAGGGAGUAUGAACAGAGAAGACAGCAGGCUGAGGCUGCAGGACAGAGACUAGACCCGUCGGAGCUAGUGCGGCCCCACAUUCCGUUCCAGGCGUGCCUCGAGAGCUUCAUGAAGGAGGAGACCAUCGAGCAGUUCUUCAGCAGCGCCGUCAACAAAAAAGUCACUGCGCACAAGAUUACCCGACUGGCCACAUUCCCGGACUACCUGCUGAUACAGCUCAAGAAGUUCACGAUAAAAGAGGACUGGACACCUGCCAAACUGGAUGUGGCAGUCGAGAUGCCCUGGGAGGUAGACCUGAACUGCCUGCGCGGUCAUGGACUGCAAGCCGACGAGAAGCUAUUGCCGGAGGCUCCGCCCGAGACGCCCGCGCCUACUUACGACGAAGGAUUACUCGCACAACUUUUGGACAUGGGCUUCCCACUGGAGGCGUGCAAAAAGGCGUUAUACUACACCAACAACUCUGGCAUGGAAGCGGCGUCCAACUGGCUCAUGGAGCACAUGACCGACUGGGACUUCGAACAUAAGUUUGAACCGCCCGGCACGCCCGCCACAGGCGCAGGCGCAGCGGUGGACGAGGCGAGUGUGGAGCAGAUCAUGAACAUGGGCUUCGCGCGCGGGCACGUGGUGCGCGCGCUCACGGCCACGGGCGGCGACGUGCCGCGCGCCGUGGACUGGAUCUUCAGCCGCGCCGACGAGCUCGACGCGCCCGAGCCCGCGCCCGCGCCCGCCGCGCAGCCAGACCGCACGCUCGGCUGCAGGGACGGACCCGCCAAAUACAAAUUGAUUGCCUUCAUAUCUCACAUGGGCACCUCUACCAUGGUGGGCCACUAUGUGUGCCAUGUGCUGCAUGAAGGACGCUGGGUCAUAUUUAACGACAAUAAAGUUGCAUUAUCAGAGAAUCCGCCCAAAGACCUUGGCUACCUAUACUUAUAUGAAAGGCUGUGAUGACAUUAUGACGUGAUGUUUGUACCAAAAACUCGCCGAUUCGGAUGUACCAUAUAAGGAAUUUGUGUAUUAGACUGCAUUUUUGUACGUUAAGAGAUUUUAAAUUAACAAAUUUUAGGCGAUAUUUAUUUUAUAGAAAGAAAUUUUUUAAUGAUUCAAAAUAUAGGUUAUAAAAUUGUAAUACGGCUAGUGUUCCGUAGAAGUUGUAUCUUUGGUUGCAUAUUAUGUUUUUCGUGUUGAUGAACUGGUGUGUUGGAGUUAGCAUAAGAUGUUUUGACUAGUUAAUUGUUAGCUACAAUCUGCCAGAAUAUGGUCCCGUUAAUGUUAAUCUAGAGGAGGACGAGAAUUGCCGUCGUAACUAAAUUCACGUGACGUAUAAUUACGUCUUAUGAAAUCUGAGAUAACAUGGUCGUCUUUUGUGACAUUGAAAAGACGUUAUUAGGAUUUCAUCAGGACUCACCCGUUUUACUUGCUACCUGUUGCACAAUGUCAAUGAUACGCUAUUAUACAAAAAGAACCUUUGCCAUAGGUCCUUACUUAUCAACUUGAAUUUUCAAUACUGAAAGCCCUUGACAGUGUGAAACAGGCCUAAUACAUUGCAUUUUAAUGUAACUUUCUUGUAAGUUGGUUCUCUUGUAGCAAUUACUUGUAUUGAAAUAAAAUCAUUCACACAACGAAACAUUGAAAUAAAUUAUACUAAUAAAUGUGCUCUCUUAUUAAA